AUGCCGCAGUCGGAAGCUGGUCCUUCCGCCGUGGUCUAUGCCACCGCCACCGAUCCGAGUCAGAAGGUCAGGACACAACAGACCACCAAGGCCCAGCAGCAGGACAAGGCGGUCGACAAUCGAGCCAAAGCACAGCAGAACAAGGAGCGUGCUGCGCAAAAUCGAGCUCAGAAGGCGCACAAAGUCUCUUUCGCUGAAGACAGGGCUGUCGCGGCAUCAAACGCCGAUGGGGCUCAGCCUUCAAAGCCAACAAACACCACAUCAGCGUCGGACAACGCCGCAAAACAACCCAAGAAGCAGCCCAAGAAGGAUGCACCCAAAGCUCAGAUGCCUCGCCCAGGGCAGGCUCCGUCUUCGUUCAAGAGCAAGGUAGUGAUUCGUCGACUGCCACCAAAUUUGCCCGAGGAGAUCUUGUGGAAAGCUGUGUCUCCCUGGAUCCGCGAUGCAAAGGACUGCCAAGCGCUUGAUGCUAGUACAGCUGCUGAUACACCGGCUCAGGCGGGCUCAGAAACAACGUCACCAGCUCCACCAGCCUCUACAGCCGCCACAGUCGACUUCAAGAAGUUCGUCGCAGGCAAGCUCAAAACAGACGCCAACAAGCAGAGCAAACACGCUCGAGCAUACGUCCGGUUUCUCGACCCGCAGUCUCUCGUCCAGUUUCACAAGGCCUUUGACGGUCACAUUUUCCGUGACAGCAAAGGCAAAGAAUCCGUUGCCAUAGUCGAAUUUGCCCCUUACCAGAAAGUCGUCUUGCCCCCAGCGGCGUCCGUCCAACGUGGACGCAAGGCGAAACCCGACCCGAAGCAAGGCACGAUCGAAAAGGAUGCCGAUUACCAAUCCUUCCUUGAGAGGCUCGGCAACGCAGGCGAUGAUGUCAAGCGCUCCGAAGGCGACCUGUUAGCUUCGCUGCACGACCCCAAGGGCAAAGAGAAGGAGAAGGAAGCGAAGCUGGCAGCGGGCAAAGCAACUCCGCUCUUGCUACACCUGAGAGCGGUCAAGAUGGCAAAGCUCGAGUCGGCGGCUGCGAUCAAAAAGGCCAAGAAGAUGGAGAAGGCCAAAGCGAAGGCUGUUGCGGCAGGAAACACGAGCGGGGCGGCUGCUGGUUCAAGUGCUGCUGCGCGAGCAGAGGAAAAGGCAAAGGCGAAGAAGAACAAGAAGAAGGAAAAGGCAAAGGCAAAGGAGAAGGCCAGAGCUGCUCCUGGAGUCGGAGAUGGUGCCAAAGGCGAACAAGGAGGAGCGCAGGAGAAGCCGCUCAAGAAGGAUAAAAACAAGAAGCGCAAGGGCAAGGCCGCCGACGCUGCCGAUACACCACCAAAUGCAGCGCAAGGUUCAACGGCAAAACAGCCUUCGACAAGCAAGGUUUCUAAGAAACCCGACACGAAGCCCGGAGUUGUGGCUGCGGCUGCAGGUGCCCCCGGCAAGACAACCGACCCUCAAGGCGGCGGUGGAGGAGGAGAAUCUAAGGCGAAGGCAAAGAAUAAACCACCGCGAAAGAAUGGCGCGGCGAAGGAUAAAGAGAAAAGCGCUACUACAUCAAACACAGGUGCUCCUGCUCAGCCGGCCAAAGUGCAGAUUCUCAAGCGAGACUGA